UCUCUCUCUCUCUCUUCAAUGCAUAGUCUGAAAUCUGAUAUAGACUUUAGAUGCAGUGUGAAUCGUCGAUAAUGAUUCUAUCUUAUCAUUCGUAAUAGUUUCGUUUUGUUAAACGCAGAAUAUCUCAUUCGAUGAAUUGCCAAGUUUCUUCCGAUGCUUUAAAACCUUUGAACUGUUGCAGUCAAAAGUUCAAGUGCUUGAAUUGUUCAGAGUCUGUCAUCUGUCAUCAUUAGUCUCAUCUGUCAUUCUCUUUAAUAGACAGUCAUAUGAUUUGGCUACGUACGCUCGACAGUCGACACACCUAUAUCUUUUCGUGUUUUGCGAACGACGCAUGUAAAUAAUAUAGUGCUCGAGCGUUUCAUACGAUAAAUCCAAAUCUUUUCGUAUUUCAAUCGUUGCUGAAAAAAAUGGGCAAUAGAUCGAGUCUUCUUCUGCGUGAGGAUGAAAUAGCGCAAAUACAGAAUGCCACCGGCUUUACACCGAAUCAAAUCGAACGGUUGUACAGCCGUUUCACGAGCCUGGAUCGCGGUGAUUGCGGAACGCUCAGUCGAGAGGAUUUUCUCAGAAUCCCAGAAUUGGCGAUAAAUCCGCUCGGUGAGAGAAUAGUGAACGCUUUUUUCGAAGAGAGCGGGAACGACAGAGUGAAUUUCUUGCAGUUCAUGCAGGUCCUGGCUCGUUUCAGGCCAAUCAAGAAGAACAGUCCUAAUCGAUUGAACUCUAGACAGCAGAAGUUGAGAUUUGCAUUUAAAAUGUAUGACUUGGAUAAUGAUGAUUUGAUCUCAAAAGAUGAACUACUUGCUAUUUUGCACAUGAUGGUUGGCGCCAAUAUUAGCGAGGAACAGUUAACUAGCAUUGCAGAGCGGACUAUAGUUGAAGCUGAUGAAAAUGGAGAUGGUAUGAUAUCAUUUGAAGAAUUCUGCAAAGUAUUAGAACGUACAGAUGUUGAGCAAAAGAUGUCCAUAAGAUUUCUAAGUUGAAUUGAUUGUUGCUCUAUAUAUGAAAUACAAUAUAAAAUUUAUACAUAUUGAAAUAAGUGUUGAGAAAUUAUGUUAUGACUUUUUUUCACAAUUACAAAAAAUUCUGCUAUAAAUAUAUAUUUAUACCUAUUAUGUGUAAAUAAUAUGUAAAUAAUUCUUAUAUAUUAUACUGUUGCCAUUAUCAAGAAGAUAUGGAGUGUCCAUAUAAGUGGAAACAAUUUUCCAUACUUGCUUAAAUAUGGCAUUGUUUUUAUUCAUGAUAGUAGUCAAUGGAAUGUAUAAGUAAAACAAAAAAGAAAGAAAGUGUACAGUUAGACAAAAUUCAAUUUCUAUUUUACAUUUUACUAAUAAGAUGGAUAGUUUUAUGAAAUAAACAAGACUUUUAAAAAAAAUUGGUUAUAAAGAUUUGUGUAAAUUGUAGCUUAAUAUUGUCAAAUGAUUAUAAGAAAUACAUUAUCUUUGAAUUUAUUGCA